AACACCAUUGCUUUGACAGAUAAACAUUGUGGCAGUCUAACAACACGUGCAGAACUUAACAUCGUUUACUCGAAAUAGUUGUAAAUUUGUUAAACCAAAUAAUAAUAUCUUGAAAUAGUAGCGUGAAAAAAAAUCAGUCGAAAAAAUGUUGAGACGGCAGGCACGUUUGCGACGUGAAUAUUUAUACCGUAAAACGGUCGAAGAUAAACACAAACAGUUGCAAGAGAAAAAAGACCGACUGAAGCGAAGUUUAGAGGAAGGCAUCCCAAUUCAUGGUGACCUGAGACGUGAGGCGAUCGGACUUCAGGACAAACUCAAAUGGACCGAUGAAGGGCCAGAAGCAUCCAAAUCGUUGGCUGGAAUAAGUGGUGGUGCAAACACAGUGUCAUCACAAGAUGAUGAGUAUCGGUAUGCAGGCUGUGAGGAUCCAAAAAUUAUGAUCACAACUGCCCGUGAUCCAUCGGCUCGAUUGAAAAUGUUUGUCAAAGAAUUGCGUUUAGUGUUUCCAAAUGCUCAGCGCAUGAAUCGUGGUAACUAUGAAAUGAAACAAUUGGUGCAUGCAGCCCGAGCAAACGAUGUCACCGAUUUGAUAUUCGUGCAUGAACAUCGUGGUGUUCCUGACAAUCUUGUAAUUUGUCAUUUGCCCUACGGACCAACCGCUUACUUUAAUUUAAGCGGUGUCGUAAUGCGACACGAUGUGCCCGACAUUGGACCAAUGAGCGAACAAAAACCACAUUUAGUAUUCCAUAAUUUCAAAACAAAAAUAGCCGAACGUUCGAUGUCAAUUCUAAAAUAUUUGUUUCCGGUGCCAAAAGAGGAUUCAAAACGUGUUAUCACAUUCGCCAAUCAUGAUGAUUAUAUCGCAUUUCGGCAUCACACAUUCCGAAUGGUGAAUGGUGAAACUGAAUUAACCGAAGUCGGUCCACGAUUUCAAUUGAAAUUGUAUCAAAUCAAAUUGGGAACGAUAGACGAAGUUAAAGCAGCCGACACAGAAUGGGUUCUCAAACCAUACAUGAAUACGGCCAACAAACGACGUUUCUUCUCCGAUGAAGAUGGUUGGAAACAAGACGAUGACAUCGAAGUUAAUGAUUAAUUUUAUGGAUGAUUUUUUGGUUUUGAUUUUGAAUAAAAUAUUUACAAUGAA